CUGAGUCGUCUCGUGAGCAAGUUCGGCGCCAGAAACUGGAGUCUCAUCGCACGGGGGAUCAGUGGAAGAUCCGGCAAGUCGUGCCGUCUCCGGUGGUGCAACCAGCUUGACCCCUCCGUUAAGCGCAAACCCUUCACCGAUAUGCUCAGCCAGGUACAAAUUGUAAGUGUCUACACUAUGUGAUGAUUCGAGGCAUAAUAAAUCCAUUAUUCAACAAACAUGCAUUGCAUUGAAAUAUGUUUGUAAUGUACCUCACACUGCAAGUACUGUUGUGUCCUACACUAGAAUUAGAGCUGUCAGUUUUUUUUAAAGCCCCAAGGCCGACCCUGGCCCUUUUAUAUUUAGCCCCAUUUUUGUUGGCCCAUACUUUAGGGGGCUUUUUCAAAGCCCCUGACCCCCCAAACCCCAUCCAGAUGGGUUGUGAGUGAAGUAGGGCCAGGUUAGCCCCCUGCCCCAAAACUUGCGACUAUUUCCAUCUUCUUCUAAACAUCACUUCACUAAGCUUGACGGCCUCCCUUCCCCUCCCUCUUGCCGCCCCUCCCUCCACCUCCUCCCGCCGUCUUCCUCGCCAUGAUGGACCCCAGAGGAAGCCUCCGCCCUCAUCGACUCCUACCGCGACAAGUGGUCCUCCCUCGGCCGCACCAACCUCAAAGCCACCCACUGGCAAGAGGUCGUCGAUGCCGUCACUGCCCAGUGCCCCAACGCUUCCCCCACUGCCAAAACCGUCGUCUAGUGCCGCCACAAAAUGGAAAAACUCCACAAACACUACCGCACCGAAAUCCAACGCCUCCGCUCCCUCCCUCUCCCUCGCCUCAUCAACAACUCCACCACCGCUUCACCCUCCUCCUGGGUUCACUUCAAAUCCAUAUAUUCCAUGGAAAAAGGCCCCAACAAACCCCACACCGACACCACCACCUGGUUGGAAGACUCAGCGCAAGAUGAGGAGGACAGAAUCAUAGUUGCUGCUCAUGCAAUCCAUGGUAACAAAUGGGCAGCCAUUGCCAGGCUUCUACCCGGAAGAACGGAUAAUGCCAUUAAAAACCACUGGAAUUCCACUCUGAGGCGUCGGGGAGUUGAACUUGAUAAGAUUAAAUUAGAAUCUGGUAACUUCAUGGAAGAUGCCAGCUUGGAGAAAGCAAAAGCAUCCUCGGAAGACACUCUAUCAUGUGGGGAUGUUUCUUUGAAAUCCUCAGAAGGGAGAGAUGUCAGUUCUGUAGAUAUCAUGGAUGAUAAAUCUGAUGGUAAAGCACAAGCUGAGGGCCAAUUACACCACAAAGUCAAGGAUCCACCUACCCUUUUUCGGCCAGUAGCUCGUGUAAGUGCUUUCAACGUUUAUCACUCAAAUGAUGUUAUACAGCCUUCAACAUCAAUUCAAAGACCUGUGCCGAAGCAAGGUCCCAUUUUACAAUCGUCAAGACCAGAUAUGGAAUUUUGUAGAAUGGUUGAAGGAAUUUGUGGUGAUCAGGCAGUACCUCACCAGUGUGGCCAUGGUUGCUGUGCUUCUCCAAAUGGUAGAAAGUCCGAAAGCUCUUUGUUGGGACCGGAGUUCAUCGAAUUUUCUGAACCCCCAUCUUUCCCAAAUUUUGAGUUGGCUGCAAUUGCUGCAGACAUCAGUAACCUUGCUUGGCUUAAAAGUGGAUUGGAGAAUAGUAGUGUGAAAAUGAUGGGAAACACGUCUGGCAGUGCAAUGUCAAAUGGAUCUCGAAUACAUAUUGGCCAUUAGAUUGCCUAAUAAAUCAUCAUUGGUCCUCAGUGAGUACUGGAUAAUGGGCAUGAUGCAGGCUAAGUGAUGAUUGUCUGUUUUCCUUGCAAAUGUAACAAGGCAACCAAAGUUAAGUGAAUCGAUUCUGUGAUGUAAAUGGAUUCACUAGGUAAAAGUAGAAUGUGGGAUUCAUGAUUUCACGGAACAAUUUUAUAUUUUGGGAUUGACUGAUUAGGUACUACAUGAUUUUGAAACUAACAAAAAUUACUUGCAUUUCUAUC